UCACGUCUCCCCUCCUUUAGUUAUUCACCUCUCGGUCGGCACUCUUCACUACUCUUGCUCCUUUCGGACCGACUGCGGCAGCCAUGAUCCCAACCCUCCUCCUCCUCCUCUUCAUCGGCCUCCUCCCGCCGGCGGUCUCCGCCUCCGCCGGCGUCGCCGUAAGCACCUGCCGCUCCUUCUGUGGCAACAUCACGGUGGACUACCCCUUCGGCCUGCGCCCCGGGUGCGGCCACGCGGGCUUCCGCGACCUACUCUUCUGCAUUAACGGGGUGCUGAUGCUCCACCUUCCCUCCGGCUCCUACCGCGUGCUCGACGUCGACUACGCCUACCGGGGGCUCACCCUCCACGAUCCGGCCAUGUCCGACUGCUACGCCCUCGCCCGCUCCCCCGGUGGCCGCGGCAACGGCUUCGUCGUGGAGCCGUGGCGGGCCCCCUACCUCCAGCCCGACCCGGACAACGUCUUCCUCCUGCUGGGCUGCCGCGCCGAGUCGCCACUCUUCCAGGGAUUCCCCGGGAAGCACCUCCCCUGCCGCAACGUCUCCGGGAUGGGCUGCGAGGAGUACUACCGCUGCCCGGCCUGGGCGGAGUUCCCCGGCGGCGGAGGGGCGACCUCGAGGAGGGACUCUGCCGCGUACGGGGCGGCGAGCCCGCCGGAGUGCUGCGCGGUGGAGUUCGGGGCGAUCCGGGCGAUCAACCUGAGCCAUCUGGGGUGCGAGGGCUACAGCAGCGCCUACAGCCUGGCCCCGGUGCGGGCGCUGGGGCCCGGGGCAUGGGCCUACGGCAUCCGAGCCAUCUACUCGCUGCCCGCCGAGCACCAGGGCUUCUGUGGGGCCUGCCGGGCCACCGGCGGCGUGUGCGGCUACGACGAAACCACCAACGGCAACCUCUGCCUCUGCGGGGAUCGGAACUCCACUUCCAACUGCGACUCGGUGGGCUCGACGGGCGCAGGCGUUGAUGGCUCGUUGUCCCUGUCAAUUCUAGUCGGAGGAAUAUUGAUCGCCAUGAUGACUUGGAAUAUUCCUGCCUUCUAGAAUCCCACAAUCCCCUUGCUGAGCUUCCAACCAUGGCACGAUAUAUAGUACAGAUUCUAUCUUGUAGAUUUGAACUUUUUUUCUUUAUACAUAUUUCCAUUUUUUUGAUUGAUGAGAGUUCAUUUCAGACUAGAUCAAGUUCUGGUGGGAUUUCUAUGUCAACCUUAUUCGCCUCAUCUUCCAUGAGUGAUAUAGCAUGAACCAAAUAUAGUUUUCCAACUUUCUCUAAUUUUAUCAUCAAUCCAACAGCUUUUAAGAUUGAA